UAAAACAGACAACACAGAAACGCUUCUUGCCAGUCGAAUCUCCCGGCCAGAAAUCAGUCGUCAGCCAGUAGCCGAAGUGUCAGUUACACACAUCGAGAGUGCGCCGGAACCUCAGUAGUAUCAGUACCAGAGUAUCAGUGUCAUAUCGCCACAGAGACCGAGAAACUCAGUGAUCGAAAGAUCGAACAGUGAUCGAACAGUGACUCCUCAAAAAACGCAGAAGCGAAAAAUCAACUCGCAACAGUGAGAAAAUCGUGCAGCAACGAUCGCGCAUCGCUGCAAUUAAAAAGUCGCCAUAAAAUCCAGUGCGCAGCCGAAAGUAAAAAAGAAUUCAAGAAGAUGAACCAGACAUGCAAAGUGUGCGGCGAGCCGGCGGCGGGCUUCCAUUUUGGCGCCUUCACCUGUGAGGGCUGCAAGUCCUUCUUCGGCAGAUCCUACAACAAUAUCAGCACCAUUAGCGAGUGCAAAAACGAGGGCAAGUGCAUCAUUGACAAGAAGAACCGCACCACCUGCAAGGCCUGCCGCUUGAGGAAGUGCUACAAUGUGGGCAUGUCCAAGGGUGGAUCCCGCUAUGGUCGUCGCUCCAACUGGUUCAAGAUACACUGCCUGCUCCAAGAGCAUGAACAGGCUGCGGCGGCGGCUGGCAAGGCACCACCUACCUCCGUGGGCGGAGCUCCCUCAGCCUCCUCGCCAGUGGGUUCACCUCAUACACCCGGAUUCGGUGACAUGGCCGCCCAUCUGCAUCACCAUCAGCAGCAGCAGCAGCAGCACCAGCUUCAGAGCCAACAGCACCAGCUCCAGAAUCAGCAGCGCCACCCACACAUGCCUCUGCUGGGCUAUCCCAGUUACCUGCCCGACGCCGCCCUGCCCUUCUUCAGCAUGAUGGGCCAGCAUCCGUCGCCCUUCCAACUGCCGCCGCAUCUGCUCUUCCCCGGCUACCAUGCCAGUGCCGCCGCUGCAGCGGCCUCGGCAGCGGAUGCAGCCUACCGCCAGGAGAUGUACAAGCACCGCCAGAGCGUUGACUCCGUGGAGUCACAGAGCCGCUUCAGCCCGGCCAGCAAUCCGGCGGCUGCCAUGCCUCAGUCCACGCCCUCGGCCCGCCAGUCGCCCAUUGAUGUGUGCCUGGAGGAGGAUGUGCAGUCCGUGCAUAGCCAGCAGUCCGGCCAUCUCCUGCAUCCGGUGGCCAUCCGAGCCACGCCCACGCAGCAGCACCUCCACUCCACGCCCAGCAGUCCGCUGAGUUUCGCCGCCAAGAUGCAGAGCCUGUCGCCGGUUUCCGUGUGCUCCAUUGGCGGAGAGACCAGUGCUCCGGCUCCAGUUGCACCCGCUCAUGUUCCUGCUUCCGCCGCCGCUCCUUUAACCGCACCCAUUACCACCACCGCCCAGGAUGGACCCAUGGAUCUGAGCAUGAAGACAUCGCGCAGCUCGGUGCACAGCUUCAACGACAGCGGCAGCGAGGACCAGGAGCUGGAGGCGGCGCCGCGCAGGAAGUUCUAUCAGCUGGAGGCCGAGUGCCUCAGCAGCAGCAGCUCCUCGCACUCCAACUCCUCCGCCGCUGAGGUGAAGCGCCAGAAACUGGGCGGCGGAUCGGAAGCAACGCACUUUGGAGGCUUUGCGGUGGCCCACAAUGCGGCCAGCGCCAUGCGGGGCAUCUUUGUGUGCGUUUAGGCUGCACUGGAGGAAAGCCACGGGGAGGAGCCUUCCCCGUUCCACCCUCCCCCUCCUAGUUGUUGUUUUUUUUUUCGCUUAUUUUUGUUAGUUGGAGAAAAUGUAAAUUUUUCGUGUGCGCUCGCUCGCACCUAGAGAGAGCGAGAGAGAGGCGGACAGGUUUGGCUGGACAGAGAUGGAGGCACCUUGGCCAGGUAGUUGCAUCGCCCUCACACACCGUCACACACACACACCAACACGUACACACACACACACACCUAUUGAGCUCAGAUCCAAAAAUUACUUUUAUGAAACGUUAAAAAUUGUAAAUAUCUUUGAGCUUGUUUGCAAUUGUACUUGAAAGUUGAAAGUUUGAAGCUAGAAACGUAAGUUAGCAAUCAUUCCCACCCUCGAAACGCUAUUGUACAUAGAAAUUGUUAAGUCUAAGCAUGAUCUUAAUUGUGUCUAAGUAUUUUAUUCUAUUUUAGUCCUUAGUUCUAUGUGCAUCUCCUUAGAUUGGCUUUUAAUUUUAUAAAAGAACAAAUAAAAUUUAUGAAAAAUUAAA